CCUCCGCUUGGCGUCGACCCAGAUUUCGAACAUCCUGAUUCCCGCGGGAAUCGUAUUACAGCCACCAGCGUAGUAUGCUGGGUAGUAGCAACGCUAUUUGUUUCCCUACGACUGUAUAGUCGGCGCACUAUUGUCCACAUUAUAGGCCUUGAAGAUUGUAAUGAUUGUAAUUGCCUGUGCGUUUGGUUGUCUUCCUCUGUCCUCCGGUGUCGACUGAAAACAUUAGGGGCAACCCACGGGGCCGGAAUCCAUUUCUGGGAUCUUCGCAUCACUAUGCUCGAUCUUUUCGCCCGUCUAGAUAUUACUGAGUCUGCAUUUUAUGGCGCCUGUACCUUUUGUAUCAAACUUUCGAUUCUAAGCUUUCUCUCUCGUCUCUCGCCAGAUCGCAGAUUCAGGGCUUUGAUCAUUCUAAUGUCUGUGUUUAUAACUGUAUACUGUCUUUUCUCAGUCUUUCAAUUUUUUUUCUCCUGGAGCGCCGUACCAAAGACGAGGCAUUUAAGAAUUUCAGCUGGGUCCUGCUCCGGACCGCUCCAAGUUUGUGCGGUAAUCGCUGGAAUCAAUGCAGCAACUGAUAUUGUGAUAUAUCUGAUACCCAUUGCAAUAGUCUGGAAUUUGCAAUUGACAGGACGGAAGAAACUGGGUGUGAUAAUUAAUUUUACACUUGGGUCACUAGUAUGCAUAGCCAGUGUUGCUCGAUUCGUGGUCCAAAUUGUGCGCUUCCACGAUCCGGAUUAUUCACGAAUUAAGGAAAUAUUUUUACCGUUGAAUACGCUUGAGAUCAACGUUGGGAUAAUAUGCGCAUGCCUCCCGCAUUUGGCCCCCUUAGCUCGUCGACUUACAUCAAGGAGCUUGACGAGAGCACCAGAAGAUCGCAGUAUAAAUUUAGGUAUUCCGCAUGCUUCUACCGCUGGUCGUGAGUCAUUUAGUUUAUCUACGCCAACAGAAGACAGGGGGUAA